UUUUUAUCAUCAAACUAGAUCAUUGAAAUAUACAUUUUACUUAGUUUGUUAAAAAAAUUAUAGUUUGUUAAAAAAAAUUAAGUAUUAGAAAGAUUACUGAAAAUGGGUUCCUUCAAAUUCAUGAUUAUAUUUACUCUUAUUGUUGUGGCGGCUAUUUCUGAUGAUAUUUUCUCAGGAUUGGCAAUUGAAACAGGGAUUCGAGUGCAAGCUUUAACUCAAGACUGUGUACAAGAGUGUAUCGGAAAAUUCCUAACUCCACAAUGUUAUAAGCAUUGUAUAGGACUGUCUUACAGAUACGGUGCUUGUGUUCUAUCUGAAAGACUUCCUCCUGAAAUUUCAACAUAUCGCUGUUGUUGUGAAUAA